AUGUCUCCAUAUCGCAUUGUUUUUGGGAAGCCAUGUCGAUUACCCGUUGAGUUGGAGCAUAGAGCUUAUUGGGCAGUCAAACAAUUCAAUAUGGAUUUAAAUGAAUCAGGAAAAAAGAGGAAGCUUGACAUACAAGAGCUUGAGGAAAUUCGCAAUGAAGCAUACGAGAAUGAAGUUCUUUAUAAGGAAAAGAUGAAAGCAUACCAUGACAAGAUGAUUUCACGCAAAGUAUUUCAAAUAGGUAAAUUAAGGUCCCGUUGGGUGGGACCAUUUGUUGUCACUAAUGUUUUUGAGCAUGGUGCAAUAGAGAUCACAAGUGAGAAAACCGGGAAGAUAUUUAAAGUGAACGGUCAUCGUUUAAAGCCUUAUUAUGAAGGAUUUGAGGAUAAGCUUGGGGAAGCAUUUUGGAAGAUAUUACAAGUGAUUUCAAGCACCAGAUUCGUGUUUCAAGCUCUAAAUCGGGUAUUCUCCUUCCAAUUCUUUGACUUUGCAUUAUUAGUCAAAAAGCUUUAA